AUGCAGAACAAGCUUGCGCCGAGCGGCGGAAGAGUGAUUUCCGGCUGUCUAAUGUCGAAUUUGACGAGGGAGGGGAGUGAUACGGUGAUUUCGUCGGAGGAUUCUUCGUACCCGGAUGAGCUGGAAUUGGGCCUCGGGUUGAGCCUCGGCGGAGGAAGGGUUAGGGCUAAGCGGGCGCCGCCGCCGGCGGCGGCGGGUGGUGGGGUUGCUUGGGAUCAGUAUACAAGGAUCCUGACGGCUAAGGAUUUUCCUCCGGCGGGCUCUGCUAAAGCUCCGUCCUCGUCCUCAUCGACUUCUUCCUCGUCUGUGACAAAAGCUAACGUUAAUAAUAAUAAUAAUGGCUCCUGUGGCUCGAAAAGGACUGCUGAGUCGCCUUCUUCACCUCCGGGCCGUCCUGCAAUUAGUCAGGUAGUUGGAUGGCCUCCUGUCAGAAACUACAGAGUGAACAGCUUGGCCAACCAAUCAAAAUCACCAGCCGCUGAGGACUUCAUCUUGGCUGCUGAUAAAUGUAAGAGCAAGAAUUCAAUCUCGGACAAGGCUAAUCAUGAUGGAACCACAAACAAUAAUAAUGCAAAGGAAAACGGACCUCCUCGUAAAACUUCGUUGUUUGUGAAGGUGAACAUGGACGGUAUUGCAAUCGGUAGAAAGCUUGAUCUGGGUGCUCAUAGUUGCUAUGAGACUUUAGCCCGUGCACUCGAUGAGAUGUUUAGACCCCGUGCAAUUGUUGUUGCAAGAGUAUCCAAUGUGGUGGAGCAAGUUGUCGUUUCUGGUACAAGACAACCUUUUCGAUUGUUGGAUAGUUCGUCUGAUUUUGUGCUCACCUAUGAAGACAAAGAUGGCGACUGGAUGCUUGUUGGCGAUGUUCCCUGGGAGAUGUUUCUAAACACAGUGAGGAGACUUCGAAUCAUGCGGGCAGCCGAGGCUAAUGGACUUGCUCCCGGGUCCAAUGGAAGAACCAGGAAGCCAUCAACAGCUCCAAUAUAG